AUGCAAAUCUCAUUGCGCCGUUAUCAAUUAUUUAAUAAUCGUUCUGAUCGUGUCAAAGUUAUAUUUUAUCCAGAAUUUUUACGUAGUACAAAUCCGUUAUUACCAUUAGAUUACGAAGAGUUUGUUUGUGGUUGUCAUUUGGGAGUACUUCCAUCAUAUUAUGAACCAUGGGGUUAUAGCCCAGCUGAAUGUACAGUAAUGGGUGUACCAGUUAUAACAACAAAUUUAUCCGGUUUUGGUUGUUUCAUGGAAGAACGUAUUAGUGAUCCUAGUUCACA